GUCGACGUCACAUGUAGUGUAGCAUCAUCCCCCUCUGUGUGCGAUGGUCGUGCUCCCGUGACCAGGGAAGCGGACGGCCCACCCUCCCUUCUCGCCGAAAGGGCAAGUUGAGCGUACGCUCCGGCCAUGAGAGAGAAGCGCCCGACUAAAGCACACACAUGGAGGAGGAAGAGAUCACCAUUCACGGGACAGACCGCCAGUCAGUCAGUCAGUCAAGACGACCACCCAUACAAUGGUCUCACGAGCAUCGCCUCCCUGCCUCUCGCGUCCAUUCCAUGCGCUCCUUGUCUUCGUGCGCCAUCAUGCGCUCUUCCGCUGAAACAAGGGCUCAUGCUCCGCAGAACAGCACAGGGAGAAGCAUACGACAAGGGACACAUCGGAUGAAUGGAAUCAGAGAGACCUGGGCUUAAAAGCCGCGCCAACUGGGUACACCAUCGAAGAAUCCCUCCAUCCCUCCAUCAGUCAAUGGUAGGUACAAAUAGCAGCAGCAGACAGGCAGCAGACAGGCAGCCGGCCACCCCAUCACCCAACACUGUACACGACCCUCAACCCCCACCUCCGUCCGCCACACAAAACCCAACCCCCCUCCUGACUUGACUGCCUUCAUGCCAUUAUCAAGGCGGCGCUGUCUGUCUGUCAUUUGCUUGCCAUUACAGGGGUGAAAAACUAGCUGGUGGUCACUACAAUCUACUCACUCACUCCCGCAGCCACGCAGCCAGGUCAGCCAGUCGUGUGUGUGUGAGUGGGUAAGGUAAGAAAAGAGAUGUGUUUAGAAAGUGCCGUCUUCGAUGUCGGCCAGGAGGGGGCCGACCUCCGCCACCCGCUCGUCGUACUUGUCGAAGAACCACUGGAUGCCCUCACCAGCACGCCGAAACGCCUGACGCACCCACACACACACAAGCAGACAGGCAGGGAACCGAAGUGAGUCCAGUCGCUAUGCGGCUGCUGCUCUGCAGUCAGCGUGUACCAUGACGACUGCGUCCCAUCCCGUUCGGAUGCUCUUUGAGAGGUCCUCGAUGGCCUCGGGCGGCAGCUGGAUGUCAGGAGAUGACUCCAACAUCGCUGCCGCCGCCAAACGCUCAGCAAACGUCGGCACCUCCUGCUGCAAAUACAUGACACACACAGAGACCAACCACACAUGAGCAUUCCGCGCAUGAGUGACAGGACUGGUUACCUUCUUGGGUUCUGUGGCGACAGUGGGGAAUGGGUGGAGGGGGUAGGGGGCGACCAGACUCAUCUGUGGCUGACGGGAUGCCUUCCGAGCCUUGCCCUGACACACACGGCACACGCGCCGACAGAUGCGUGACAAGGUUCGUGUGUCGCAAGAUCCUCAUCCCUGGGCGCUUACCGAGGCAUGCUUUGCAGGCUUGUUCGCAGUCAGCGAGGGGCCGUUGCCCUUCAGGACGUACCCAUCUGCCGCCACACACACAGAGACACGACCAUCCAUCCCCUCAGGCAGAUCCCGGCCUGCCUCCCAUCUGUCCGGCUCGUGUGUGCACUCACUCACCAGCCACGAGGGAGUAGAGUGAGAUGACGACGGCGCACAGGCAAGCAACCACCUGCAUCAUGCCGCUCUGCUUCGUUCACCAGACGAGUACACGAGAGAUCUCCACUGCUUCAAAAUCCGACAGAUCCACCGGAACAACACGUAAGACAACGGAGAAUUG